AAAAGCCAUUUACAGGUAUUUUUUUUUGAUCCGCAUAUUUAUUUAUCCCCCCCCCCCCAACAGUUUGUUUACAAGUAUUAAAGUUGUAAUUGGGAGCUGCCAAGACACAUCUGGAUUUGUGUUUCUUUGUGUUAGGGGGUGAUGUGCAACUAAUUAAAGGCAGACUAGCAGCGUCUGCAAAUUCUAAGGCUCCCCAAAUAAAAAGAGACUGUUGUAACAGUUGGAGGAUAAUGCUAAGGAAGACGCUGCCUGGGAAUUCACCGUCUGUGGAAAUGCGCCCCAGAGAGGAAUAAAGCAGUCCUCACCUUGCUCUCCCCAUCCGGACCCACUUUCCCCUCCCGCCUCGGCCCCCACCCCGACACCACCAUCACCCCCUUCCCUCCCCCCCACCUCCCCCCCUUUCCCACCCAGGUGUCGGACCAGGCGGUCCCCACUUCCACCCUGCACCCCUUCUUCCCCCCCUGCACCAUGAACACCAAUGUCUGCGUGGAGCCCGGGCCGAGCCCGGAGGCCCCGGGCUUGCCCAAGGAAAGCCACCUGCCCGAGGGGGCCCUGAACAGCCUUGUGGAUUACAACUCGGAGAUGGAGCGCUACCGCUCCUUUGCCACCUCCUUCUACAAGACCAACGGGGGCGCCUUCCCGCAGGCGGCCAAGAUCGCGCGCAUCACCACCCCCAUCUUCCCCAGCAGCGCCGCCGCCGCCGCGGCCGCCGCGCGCAUCGGCAUGUCCCCCUGGAACUGCGACAACGCGGCCACCGCCGCCGCCGCCACCGCCAUGCUCUGGGGCAGCGGCGGGGGCGGGGGCGGCGGCGGGGGCGGCGGCGGCGGCGGCGGGGGCGGCGGCGGGGGCGGUGGCGGGGGCGGCGGGGGCGGCAGGAAAUCCUCCUCCGCCGCCGCCUCCUCCUCCGCCUCCUCCUCGGCAAUCCUCCCCGCCGGCGGUGGCGGCGGCGGCGGUGGCGGCGGCGGUGGCGGCGGCGGCGGCGGCGGCAGCAGGACCAGCAUGCACCACCGAAACGACUCCCAGAGGCUGGGGAAAGCUGGCUGCCCGCCAGAGCCGUCGUUGCAAAUGGCAAAUACUAAUUUCCUCUCCACCUUAUCCCCUGAACACUGCAGACCUUUGGCGGGGGAAUGCAUGAACAAGCUCAAAUGCGGCGCUGCUGAAGCAGAGAUAAUGAAUCUCCCCGAGCGCGUGGGGACUUUUUCCGCUAUCCCGGCUUUAGGGGGCAUCUCAUUACCUCCAGGGGUCAUCGUCAUGACAGCCCUUCACUCCCCCGCAGCAGCCUCAGCAGCCGUCACAGACAGUGCGUUUCAAAUUGCCAAUCUGGCAGACUGCCCGCAGAAUCAUUCCUCCUCCUCCUCGUCGUCCUCAGGGGGAGCUAGCGGAGCCAACCCGGCCAAGAAGAAGAGGAAAAGGUGUGGGGUCUGCGUGCCCUGCAAGAGGCUCAUCAACUGUGGCGUCUGCAGCAGUUGCAGGAACCGCAAAACGGGACACCAGAUCUGCAAAUUUAGAAAAUGUGAAGAGCUAAAGAAAAAACCUGGCACUUCACUAGAGAGAACACCUGUUCCCAGCGCUGAAGCAUUCCGAUGGUUCUUUUAAAGCAGUAGUAUAUCUUAUUUUCAAGGCAUUUGGAAGUGAAGGGCAAACUAAUGUCUUGUUUUAAGAAACUGCUUAGUCCACCACUGAAGAAAAUAUCCAGAUAUUAUUUUCAUUUUAUGUAUAGGGGUUUCUUCAAAACAAAACAAAACAAAACAAAGGAAAAGAAAAAAAAGACAUAUAAAAAUAAUCUGGGAGUUUGGGGAAUUGGCCAGUCUAUUUACUUUCAAUACACUGAUUCUUUCUUUGAUGUAAUUUAGCUAUACUAGUGAAGUUGUUGUCUAUUUUGGAAGUGGCUGUAAAAAAAUAAGUUUGGGUAAACCCCUGCUGUAAAAUCAUGUAUCUUUGCAAAGUACAUAUCUAUACUUCAUUUUCAAAUAUAUGUGUUUCAGUACUGUAAACUGUACAGAUAGCAGCUUGUAUUUUGUGUGUUUAGACACAAGGAGACAAUCAUGUCUGAGCAUCUAUGGAGAUUAACAGUUUGUACACAACAGUAUGGUUCUGCGAGUUAAAUCUGGAGCAAUAAAUUUUAGCUUUAACUA